AUGAGUCACCAUAGCACACCUCACUUGCAGAACAAGAAGACUCCGGGACCGUUAGCCCCUGAGGCUAAUGGGAGUGGAGGAGUCGGAGUGAAACCAAUUCUCGACUCGAGUAUGAGUAUUUCAGAUAGUCAAGCCACGAACACGAAACAGCUUCUUAAUGCGUAUGUUUAUGACUUCCUUGUUAAGAGCAGAUUACCACAAACAGCCCGAAUUUUCGUCAACGAGGCAGAAGUACCACUGAUGCAGAACAACGGAGAUUCGUCGUCAACGAGUCAAUCACAGAAGAACUCUCCUCAUAUUACACCUCCUACCCCUAAUACCUACCAGCAAUUUCAAAAGGAUAAUAAUUUGCCCAACUUGUCUAUCGCCAUGGAUGCUCCACAGGGGUUUUUGUUUGAGUGGUGGCAGGUGUUUUGGGACGUUUUCAAUGCCAGGAACCAGAAGGGAAGUUCUCAGUUGGCUGCACAGUACUACCAGUUACAGUUGAUGAAGCAAAGACAACAGCAUGACAUGCAAGGCUUGAAUAUCCAGCCCACUAUGUUGCAGCAGACAGCAGUGGGUCAGCUUCAGGGGCAACCUGGACAGGUGCCAAUGCCUGGUGGUGCAAUGCAAGGAGAGCAGCAGAGACUUCUUAUGCAAAAAAUGAUGCAGCAAAGACAACAACAGCAACAGAAUCAACAACUUCAACAGCAGCAACAGCAUCAACCACUUCAACAGAAUCAGCCACAAAACCAACAACCACAGCUGCUGCAACAACAACAGCAGCCUGGGAAUCAACAGCCUCUGGCUCAACCAACUCCUAACGGACAACCAAACCAAGCUGGCCAGAUGGGGCUUGGUCCACUUGGUCCUGGGCAAAGUGGUCCUGGCGGUCCUGCUGGACUAGGACAAUUGGGCCCUGGGCAAGUUGUCCCUGGGCAAAUGGGAGGACCAAUUGUCAACUUACCUCAGGGUACUUCAAUUCCACCCCAAAUGGUGCCUAAUGGAGUUAAUUUAACUCCACAGCAGCAACAAAUGUUUCUUCAACAGCAAGCACAAGCUCAGGCUCAAGCUCAGGCUCAAGCUCAAGCUCAGGCACAGGCGCAAGCCCAAGCCCAAGCUCAGGCUCAGGGUCUUCCACAAAACAGAAUUCAACAGCACGCACAAUCUCAAAUGAAUAACUUAAGACAACAAGCUGUUGCUGCGCAACAACAGAAGAUUAAUAAUGAGCAUAUAUCCCCUCAGACGAAUUCAAGGGUAUUUCCACCUCAAGGACCACAAGCGCAGGGCCAACCCCCUCAACCACAAGGACAACAGCAGCAACAACCUCCUCAGGGUCACCAACCCAUUGGUGGACCCAUGGGCGGACCUAUAUACCAACAGCAGCUUCCAAACGGGCAAGCGCCGUUUCAGCAGCAACAGCAACAACAACAGCAACAACAGCAACAACAACAGCAGCAGCAGCAACAACAACAACAACAGACACCACAACAGCAAAUGCUCCACCAGCAACAACUUCACCAGCAGCAACUCCAUCAGCAGCAACAGCAAGCACAGAUGCAACAAGAGCAUCAGCACCAGCAAACUCAAGCGCAACAGCAGGCUCAAAUUCAUCUUGCUCAAUCGCGUCUUAAUAAUGGGAAGCCCAAUGGUACCCCUAAUGGAGUUAACAACAACACCAAUAACGCAGUUACUGCCGGCGGGCCAGCUCCGAACAGUAGGAACUUGAAUGCUCUCCAAGAUUAUCAAAUGCAACUUAUGCUCUUGGAGAAACAAAACAAGAAAAGAUUAGACAUUGCAAGAAAUAGUGGUGUUCCAGAUUCCAUUUCAACUAUAAAUAGCAACAUGUUACCACCAACUUCAGGGGUGCAAGUGAAGGGACAGGCAAAUAAUUCACCCAUAAUAAACAAUAAACCAUCACCGUCUGGUGCUGCUAAUUCAGCUGGGAAAAAGAAGAAGGAGCCAGCUCCCAGAAAGAAUAGGAAAUCCGUCACCGGAGCUGCAACUCCAAGCAAUAACAAUGAUAAUGAGGAAACUGGGGCAAAUAAUGAUUCAUUCGGUAAUAACAAUAAUUCUAACAAUAACACUAAUCCUAGAGAUGAUUCAGUUCCAUUGACACCUGUUUCUGAAACUCCAAUUAACGGUGUACCUGGUAAAAAGAAGAGAAAGAAUACUAUUUCAUCUGAAUCUCCGGAGAAACUUAACAAGAAGCAGCCUAGAGUCAGCAGUGCUACUGAUACAAGUACUGCCACUAACGUCAAUGCUAACUCUAAUGCCAAUUCUACUUCAGAUGCUUCCAAGAAAAAGGUGGAAGAAUUUGGAGCAUUUGCUGACACUUUGGACCCUUCUGCUGAUCACAUUUUCCCAGUGGAUAUCAUUGGAGGAAAUCAUGGUGCAGCUGACAGUAAUUUCUUUGGUUCCACUAAUAACCCUGGAGGCAUUGAUGGAAUCGAUUUUGACUUCAAUCUGUUUUUGGAUGGAGGAGUAGAUCAGGAUGGAAUGGGUGGAUUCAAUUGGGGCAAUGAUGGAAGUUAA